UGGCAGACUAGGCUAAUGUCGCUUUUCCGGAGAAGUUUUAAAUAGUCACAGCGAAUAUAGCAACAAAUACCUCAAAUAGUCGUCUUUUUUGAAGCCUAACUUGAGUUAUCUGAAGUGAAGAUUGAAGACGUGAUAGAAGAUGGACGACUACUGCUAUGCUAAGAUGGCGACGUCCGCUAAAAGAGAACAUGAAAGAGAAUCAGCGCCACCAACUUCCAGCAAAUCACCAACGGAGAUAAAGACGAAAACUGAAGAUGAAGAAGACCAGCAGCUGAUUGGUUAUCCAGAAGAACUUCCUCCUCAGCCACAGGUGGGGAGCUCCACUUUGAAGCAGGAGGAUCCACAGCCACCCCACAUUAAAGAAGAAGAGGAGGAACUCUGGAUCACUCAGGAGGCUGAUCUCACCAAGUUGCCACUGACUAUUGUCUCUGUGAAGACUGAAGACGAUGAAGAGAAACCACAGCUGGAGAACCUCUUAGCUCCACUAUCAGAUAGUGAGACUGAAGAUGGGCUUGAGGAACCUUUCAGCAGCGAUACAGACUGGGAUUGUGAAAUGAGGACGCACACUAACAACGGACACUCUGAAUGCUCUAAAAAGAAGAGUUGUAAAAAAGGUUUGAGCUGCUCAGUUUGUGCUAAAGUCUUCACACACAAGGGCAAUCUCACUCAACACAUGAGAACACACACAGGAGAAAAACCAUUCACUUGUUCAGUUUGUGGUAAAAGCUUUUCUCUAAAGAGACCUUUGGAUGACCACAUGAGAACACACGCAGGAGAAAAAACUUUUCUUUGCUCACUUUGUGGUAAAAGCUUUUUUACCAGAUCAGGUUUGACAGGACACACAACGAAACACACUAGAGAAAAAACAUUAAGUUGUGAUGUUUGUGGUAAAAGAUUCCUUUACAACGCAGAUAUGUUGAGACACAUAAGAACACACACCGGCGAAAAACCGUUCAGGUGUUCAGUUUGUGGUAAGAGCUAUACUAAAAGCAACAUUUUGUCUGAUCACAUGAGAACGCACACUGGAGAAAAACCCUUUAGUUGCUCAGUUUGUAACGAAAGAUUUGUUUCCAAGAAACAUUUGAAUUUUCACUCAACGAAACACACCGGAGAAAAACCCUUCCGUUGUUCAGUUUGCCCGACAAGAUUCACCCAGAAGAUAGAUUUAGUACGACACUUGAGAAUACACACGGGACACAAACCGUUCAGUUGCUCAGUUUGUGGCAACAGAUUCACUCAGAAACCAGCUAUGUUAAGACAUCGGAAAACGCACACGGAAGAAAAACCUUUUGUUGCUCAGUGUGCGGUCAGAGAUUCACUCGUAAAGAUAAUAUGGUAAAACACAUGAACAUGCAUACCGCAAACAUAAACCCUGUUGUUGUUUCUCAAUGAGGUUUAUAGCUUAGACAAAGUUUGAUACAUGCUGUGAAACAUCGGGAAAAUGAUUCUCUCGGUUUAACAAGGGAGCAAAUCAUGCAGACACAAGUUCACACUUGAGGAGAAUAACCUAUUUAAUCGGUGGAUUAUUUGUGUUGUCAAUGUCAGCCAGCACACAUGCGGACAUAAAACAGUGUCACACCACACGUGAGAAGUCACCUAAAAAGUGACGAUCUCUUUGUUGUGAGCACGAUACCUGACGAUCUAAUGAGUUGGUGAUGUCAAGAACAGCAGCUUUGGUCCUUUGAGACACUUGUGAAAAAGGGACAGUUGUUGUAAAACUUGGUCCGCAUUGCCGGCAGUAAGUCGGGCCCGUUUCCAGUGAGGGUUGGACUCCGCCAAGGCUGCCCUUUGUCACCCAUUCUGUUCAGAACUUUUAUGGACAGAAUUUCUAGACGCAGUCAAGGCGUUGAGGGGAUCUGGUUUGGUGGCUGCAGGAUUAGGUCUCUGCUUUUUGCAGAUGAUGUGGUCCUGAUGGCUUCAUCUGGCCAGGAUCUUCAGCUCUCACUGGAUCGAUUCGUAGCAGAGUGUGAAGCUACUGGGAUGAGAAUCAGCACCUCCAAGUCCGAGUCCAUGGUUCUCGCCCGGAAAAGGGUGGAGUGCCAUCUCCGGGUUGGGGAGGAGACCCUGCCCCAAGUAGAGAAGUUCAAGUACCUCGGAGUCUUGUUCACGAGUGAGGGAAGAGUGGAUGGUGAGAUCGACAGGUGGAUCGGUGCUGCGUCUUCAGUAAUGUGGACACUGUAUCGAUCCGUUGUGGUGAAGAAGGAGCUGAGCCGGAAGGCAAAGCUCUCAAUUUACCGGUCGAUCUACGUUCCCAUCCUGCUUAGGCUGCUGCCCCCGCGACCCGACCUCGGAUAAGCGGAAGAAGAUGGAUGGAUUGAUGGAUGUUGUAAAACAGCAGUGUUUUUUAUUAAUGACUUCAAUUUUUAUUUAAUUUAAAACAUUUUUUUUUACCAUAGCGUUGGUAUCACUUUGCCAUCCAGGUGAUAUAAGGGCUGCCCGCUCCUCACAAUCAUGGUCCACAUAACAUUUUUUCUUGUAAAAUGAGAGUUUCAGGUGUGCUCCAAAAGGCUGCCGUAGUUAGUCAGCAAACUGGCCUCGUUGUACAAAGUUAGAUGUCAAUAUUGAUAGAGUAUAUGAAACUAAAUUCUUGGGAAUAAUAAUUGGUCAUAAAUUAUGUUGAAAACCGCAUAUUGAAUAUAUAAAGACAAAAAUAUCCAAAUCCAUUGCUAUUGUUUAUAAAGUAAGACACUUGCUGAAUAAGAAAUGUCUGCAUAUGUUAUAUUAUUCUUUUAUUUUUCCAUAUUUAACAUAUUGUGUUGAAGUUUGGGGAAAUGUUUGUAAAACAAACAUAGAGCCAAUAAUUAAACUUCAAAAAAAGGGUCACACAAAGCGUGCUACUAUGAACAUACCAAUCCAUUAUUUAUGAGUUCUAAUGUGUUCAAAUGUUCAGAUUUUGUGUUUUUAAAAACAAUGGAAAUGAUGUUUGGAGUAAAGAACAACUGCCUUCCAGCUUGUAUUCUUAGGUUAUUUACAUUAAGAGGAGAAAAGUAUAAUUUACGGGGAUAUUGAUUUGUGAAAUAGGUAAAGUAAGAAGGAAUAUAAAAUACAAAUGUAUUUCAGUUUUAGGAGUUAAAUGGUGGAACAAGCUCAGUGAUGAGUUGAAGACAUGUAGUUCUUUGUUAAGGUUUAAGAAAACCUUGAAAGGUGAAAUAUUUGAAAAUUAUAAAAUAUAGUAACAAUUACUUUCAUCGCAUUGAUUUUUUUUAACUUUGAUGUUCCAGGCAAUGUAAUUUUCAGUGAAGGUAUAGGAUAGGCAAAUAUAAGCUUUGGCUUCAGCUUAUUCCUUUUUCGCUCAUUCUUUUUCUUUUCUUUUUGUGUGUAAAUGUGUAUGAUUGUUAAAUAUAAUAAUAAUAAUAAUAAUACCUGGGAUUUAUAUAGCGCUUUUCUAAGUACCUAAAGUCGCUUUACAUGUUAAAAACCCAUCAUUCAUUCACACCUGGUGGUGGUAAGCUACUUUCAUAGCCACAGCUGCCCUGGGGUAGUCUGACGGAAGCGUGGCUGCCAAUUUGCGCCUACGGCCCCUCCGACCACCACCUAUCAUUCAUUCAACAUUCAUUCACCGGUGUGAGUGGCACCGGGGGCAAGGGUGAAGUGUCCUGCCCAAGGACACAACGGCAUGGUAAGAGGCGGGGAGCGAACCUGCAACCCUCAGGUGUCUGACACGGGCGCUCAACCCACUACGCCAUGCCGCCCCAUGAUAUGUAUAAUCUGUAUAAUAUGUAUAAUCUGUACUGUUAAACAGGUCACACAAAAUGGUUGAUGGUUGAUUAUAUGACGGAAAUAAACGUAUUUAAUUCAUUCAUUCGUGUCCACAAAGUUUGGUGAAUCUAAGUCUGUAUAAGUACCACUGGAUUUGUUGUUUUAUGUACAUUUUGUUGGGUGAAAAUCAAAUUGGUAAAUGCUUGUACGAAUUUUAAACUGUGCUAAUGCUAAUUUUUCACUAGCCUGUCAAAAGGAUUGCCCAUUGAAUGUUAGCAUUAAGCUAGUAGCAUAAAAGUCAACUUUUAUCUUUUAUGAUUGUAUUGCUUUUUUUUCUUUUUUUCGUGACAUUCCGUUGUUUCGAUUUGACGUGAUUCCUACCUUCCUGCCUUUCCUUUGUGUGCUUAGUUUUACUGUAACUAUAUAAGACUAUCAAUAAAACAAUUUUUUAAGUAUUUUCAUCUCUAAUUUGAAGGACUGGUUAACGAUCUGCCAAACUAAACUCCAACAUCCAAGAAGGAUGUGUUUUUUCUAUGUUAUGGAUCAUUAAACCAACAUGCCUCAAUAAAUAUUUUUUCUCUACCCCUUCAAGGA